AUGAAUACCAACGAAGGAGCAGAUCUCAUUAGCAAUCUUCCUGAUGCACUCUUAGCUGCUAUCAUAUCCCUCCUUCCAGGCUCCGAAGGUGUGAGAACCAGCAUACUUUCCCAGCAAUGGAAAACAGUCUGGAAGCACUCUUCGCACCUCAGCUUCAAUCAGAGACAAAUGUUGAGGCCUUUAACCGAAUCAUAUCUUCAAACUACGACCCCAAACAUCAUGCGUCUUAACGCGAUUUUGCGUCAUAAGGUAAUGCCUAGAGAGGAAGGAGAUGCAGAUGCAAUUGGCGAAGCAGCAAUGUUGAUCAAUUCAGUCCUGGAUACUCACUCUGGUCCCUUAACAAGUUGCAAGAUUCGACACAUGGUCGAGAGUUGCACGAGUGGGGAAGCUGUGGGGUGGAUGAAGAAGCUUUUGGAGCAGAAAGGGGUGAGAGAGCUUUCCAUGGAAGGCGAACCCCCUCUUAAUGCAUUUUUUCUACAAAAUGGAGAACAUACUUUGAGAGAACAUGGAAUGAUUCUUGAUUUGCCUUUUGAGACUUUUUCAGGUUUUGAGGUCCUCUAA